AUGCGGCUCUGGAGCUCUGCGCUGCUCAGGGAGCUGCUGCGGCUCAGCCAGUCCGCUGGGGCCGGAGGCUCCGCGCUCAGGCGCCCGCCAGCCCCUUUCGCCGCGGCCGUCUGGAGCGCCGGCUCGCUCCCCAUCCCCCGGCCGGGGCCGCCGCCGCCCGCCCGCAGCGUCUGCACCCGCUCGGAGGGGGCCCUGCAGGAGCCCGGCAAGGGGCCGCCGCUGUCCGCCCGGGCGCCGCCCGCCGACAGCGGCAACAACAACAACUACAACGGCGGCCAGGAGCUAGCCGCAGGCGGGGGGGACAAUAAGAUGAAGCAAGGUCUCUUGCCUAGCUUGGAAGAUUUGCUGUUCUAUACUAUUGCAGAAGGGCAAGAAAAAAUUCCAGUUCAUAAGUUCAUUACUGCACUCAAAUCUACAGGAUUGCGUACGUCUGAUCCACGGUUGAAAGAGUGCAUGGAUAUGUUAAGACUGACUCUUCAAACGACUUCAGAUGGUGUCAUGCUCGACAAAGAUUUGUUUAAAAAGUGUGUACAAAGCAAUAUUGUAUUGCUUACUCAGGCCUUCAGGAGAAAGUUCGUCAUUCCAGAUUUUAUGUCGUUUACUUCACACAUUGAUGAGCUGUAUGAAAGUGCUAAAAAACAGUCUGGAGGACAGGUUGCUGACUAUAUUCCACAACUGGCCAAGUUCAGCCCUGAUUUGUGGGGAGUGUCACUUUGCACCGUGGAUGGACAGAGGCAUUCUGUUGGAGAUACCAAAGUCCCCUUUUGUCUUCAGUCCUGUGUAAAGCCUUUGAAAUAUGCUGUUGCUGUUAAUGACCUUGGCACAGAGUAUGUACACAGAUAUGUUGGUAAAGAGCCUAGUGGAUUAAGAUUCAACAAACUGUUCCUGAAUGAAGAUGACAGGCCUCACAAUCCUAUGGUGAAUGCUGGAGCAAUUGUGAUCACUUCCUUAAUCAAGCAAGGAGCAAAUAAUGCAGAAAAAUUUGACUAUAUGAUGCAGUUUAUGAAUAAUAUGGCUGGUAACGAGUAUGUUGGAUUCAGUAAUGCCACGUUCCAGUCUGAAAGAGAGAGUGGAGAUCGAAAUUUUGCAAUUGGCUACUAUCUGAAAGAAAAGAAGUGUUUUCCAGAAGGCACAGACAUGGUUGCUAUAUUAGACUUCUACUUUCAGCUGUGUUCUAUCGAAGUGACCUGUGAAUCGGCUAGUGUGAUGGCAGCAACUCUGGCUAAUGGUGGCUUUUGCCCAAUUACUGGUGAAAGAGUACUGAGCCCUGAAUCAGUCCGGAAUACCUUGAGUCUAAUGCAUUCCUGUGGCAUGUAUGACUUCUCAGGACAGUUUGCCUUCCAUGUUGGACUUCCUGCAAAAUCUGGAGUUGCUGGUGGCAUUCUUCUGGUUGUUCCUAAUGUUAUGGGUCUGAUGUGCUGGUCACCUCCUUUGGACAAAAUGGGCAACAGCGUUAAAGGGAUUCACUUCUGUCAUGAACUGGUUUCUUUGUGCAAUUUCCAUAAUUAUGAUAACUUGAGGCACUUUGCAAAGAAGCUUGAUCCUCGCAGAGAAGGUGGUGAUCAGCGGGUGAAGUCUGUGAUAAAUCUCCUGUUUGCUGCCUACACUGGGGAUGUAUCUGCACUCCGAAGAUUUGCUUUGUCAGGUAUGGAUAUGGAGCAAAGAGAUUAUGAUUCACGAACAGCAUUGCAUGUAGCAGCUGCAGAAGGUCAUGUGGAAGUAGUUAAAUUUUUGCUGGAAGCCUGCAAAGUGAAUCCUUUCCCCAAAGACAGAUGGAAUAACACUCCUAUGGAUGAAGCUUUACAUUUUGGACACCAUGAUGUAUUUAAAAUUCUUCAAGAAUUCCAGGUCCAGUACACACCUCCAGAGGAUUCCAGCGAUGGAAAGGAAAAUCAAACAGUUCAUAAAAAUCUAGAUGGCUUACUCUAACCAUCUGCAGCUAGAUCCCAAGAGUCAAAUACUUACCUAUGUUAUUGUGGAAAAUGAGUAUGAAGAGCGUGUGUAUUUCUGUCUGACAGUGGUGUAUAUUUUACAGAAUAUUUCAUUUAUUUCAGUGUUACAGGAGUUUUCUUCAUGAUACGCAGCGGACAAACCUAGUCGCUCCCAAAAACAAACAAACCCCAAACAAUUCCCCCCCCCCCCCGAAUCUCCUUCCAUAAUGUGAGCAAUAUUACCUUGUGUUGCGUAUAGUUGAUGUAAAAGAAGUAUUAGCUGUUGAUGGCUUUACUGUGCACUACUUAAUUUAUUUUUGUGUUCUAUGUAUAUCUUCAAACCAUGGUCAGGAACUUUUCUGCUGAAUUUGCAUUUCUAAACAAAUCUCUUACAGUGUGGCCAAGUGGAACCAUGCUGUUGCCAUGUGCAAGUGUCAUUGUGGUUUUGCUAGAUUUCAGGAGUUGAGGAUGCUGGUGUAGAUUUAACCUGGGUGUGUUGAACAAGGAUCUGCACUUAACUUUUUUUCCUUAAAUAAUUUCCCGUGGAACCUUGUUUACAUAGUCACCUUGUCACCUAGAUCGAUCGGUCAAUCAGCCCUCACAGAGAGAGUGCUGAUCACAACACAUUGUUCAUGAUGUUCUAGCGAGUCCUUCAGCCACCUGUUGGCCAGGCUGUCAGUGGCACCAGACACCUGAUCGGCAUAGUACACCGCAGCCCAGAACCCCUGAGCUCAAGCGAUCUGUCAGCCUCAGCCGCCCAGGUAGCUAGGAUUAAGGCGCGUGCCACCUUGACUGGUUGUUUACAUAGUAUAAAUCUCAAAAUAAUAUAUUGGUGACAUUUGUCAAUGGUCUGGGCUAAUUGUUCUUAGAGAAUUUUUUCAGGGAAUCUGUUUUAAGGUUGGUUUGAUGACCAAAUGCCAUGGAGGAAUAUCACUUGUUUGACUUUUUUUUUUUUAAUCUGUUUCUUUCAAAUGCCCAUUGUCUAGCCUCGCUCUCUGUCCAUAUUCAGCUGCUGAAGUGCUUUCCCUUUAGUUGGUGAAAGCAGGUGCUUCCAAAGUAUGCAUUGGUUCCUGACAGGCAUAUGUGCAUCAUGGGGGAUCUUGUACGCUGCAAAAUAAUUCAUCUCAGUCUUAUGUUUUGUCCUUAGCUGCAACUGCACCAAAAACCUUUUAGGGGAAUGUAAGUAUAUAAAAGGCAAAAUACUAAACCAAAUGUUCUAAAUGAGUUAGGCUCACAAUAAAAAACACUCAUGGAGUGAAACAGCUUAAAGAGGCAUAAAGCUAAUCAAAGCAUGAGCCAGGUUGUGGAUAUGCCAAACUGUGGGUCUAUCUCUCUUCUUAUGCUGGCAUAAAUCCUUGAAUAGUUUUCUUGAAGCUUCUGAAGUUACACUGGUGUAAAACAAGUAAGGGAUCAGAAACAGGGCCACAAAUCAAGCAGUUCAUUUGUGUGUGAACUGUUGCAUUUGCCCUCUUCACAUGGUAGUCUGUGCCCCACGUACGCCAGUCGUUAGAAAUUUAAAUCCAAAUACUCUAUUUUGGGGACCAUUACACUAUGUCAGCUUCUUGCCCAAUGCAACAAUAUGUCUGAUUACUGACACUACAAUAUGAGUGAAGUCCUGUUUAAAAAAAAAAAAAAAAA